AUGAUUGAAAAACUAACUAGUAAGCGAUCCCGUCAAAGGGUUAUUGCUUAUUCAGUGAUAAUAAUAUGGCUAAUGAUAGUUAAUAUUUGGUUACUAAAUAAUUAUCAUCUAAUCCCAUCAACACUAAACCGACACAUUGAUGGUAAUACUUUGAUUGAUGAAGAUGACGAUCUGUCCUUGUCAUCAGAUUACUCUAUUUAUAAUGAACUAGAUACAGAAAAUUAUUUAGCUCCACAACAACAGCAGGAAAAUGUACCUGAUUCACAAUCAACAGAUGGUGGGUCUUCUACAUCCAAAACUAAAGGUGAGAGUAAUGAAAAGGGCAGUAAGGACUCCAAAAUAAAACCAUCAUUAUCUACUAAAAAUCCUUUUAAAGAUGAUAUCACCAUUAAAAUAUUACAAAAACAUCUCCAACAGCAACAAUCUAAUACAAAAGGUGUUCGAAAUAUUGAUAGCCAUGCUGACAUUUAUAAUCAAAUAUUUGAGAAUCAUCCUGAAAUCGAUACAAUUUUCGGUAAUUUAAAUUUCAAUCAACGAUGUCAAUUAUUUUUCCAAAAUUUAUUUAUCAAAGAUAAUAAUUGGAUUUUAAAUGUUAAAGAUACGAAAAUAAAAUUAGAAAAUAAAAAUGAAUUUAAAUUUAAUGAUUAUAAAAAAUGGCAUUUGAAUGAAUUUAAAAAUAAAUUUAAAGAAUUGAAAAAAUUGAUUGAACCUAAUAAGAAAUUUGUUGAUGAUAAAGAAUUUGAAAACUCACUUGAAUUUCAAGAUUUUGUUAAAAGUCAAUAUGAACAAUUUUGGAAUCGAACCAUGACAUAUGAACAAAGUAUUAUUGAUUCAAUAUCAAUACUAAGAAUAUUCAAUAAAUGUUAUCUUACUGAAGAUGCAUCUGCCACUAAUACUAAUAAACAAGAUUUCAUUAAAGAUCAAUUUAAAUUAGUUGACGGGAUUAGGAGAGCUCUGAAGAAAAAUUCAAUCUUACCUAAAUUUAAACCAACUCAACAAGAACAAAUGGUUAAUUUUGAUAAUGAUAAUUUGAGUCCAUCAAUUUUGGAACAUCGAAUUUAUCCUUGGCUAUCAUUUGAAUAUCCAGUUUAUGAACGAUGGACAGGGAAAAUACAAUAUCAACCUCCCAAAAUGACUAAUUAUAUCAAAGAUGGAAGUCAAAAGACUACAAAAACAAAUAAUCUUAAUGAUGAUGACUAUUUAUCAUCAUUUUUCUUGAAUCGAUUGAAACAAAAAUGUAAUGGUCGAGGACUUGUUUUAUCAAUCAGUGAUUCUCAUGUUGAUGCUACGGUUAGAUUGAUUCAUUUAUUACGAGCUUUAAAUAAUAAAUAUCCUAUACAAAUUGUUUAUUAUGAUAAUUUAUCGAAACAAACUAAAGAAAAAAUUGUCACUGCUGCUAGAGAAGUAAUGUCUCACGUACCUAAAUCUUUUACUCGAGUGGCCAAAUAUUUCCCUGAUGAUUAUCUUGAUAAUGAUCAAGGUGGAUUACCUAAACAAGAAGUUUGGUUCAUUAACACUUAUAAUGUCAUUCAUGCUGAUUAUAAAUUAAAAUUCAAAGGAUUUGCCAAUAAAUUCUUAGCCACUUUAUUUAAUUCAUUUGAUGAAUUCAUAUUACUUGAUGCUGAUACAGUUUUAACUCAAUCACCAAGUUAUUUUUUCAAAUUACCUCAAUAUUUACAAACAGGGACUUUUUUUUAUAAGGAUCGUACAACUUUUGAAACUCGUCCUAAAUCAGAUUCUAUUUUUUUCGAAAAAUUAGGACCUUCAGUGAUUGAUUCAGUAAUGUUCAAUAUCCCAAUAAUGACAUCUUAUACUUUAAAUCGAUCAUUUUUCAAAGGAUUAUUUCAUUAUAUGGAAUCAGGAUUAGUAGUUCUUAAUCGAGAAAUCCAUUAUUCGUCAUUUUUAAUGAUGGUUCAAAUGAAUUUCUUUGAACCCAUAAAUGGAAGAAUACAUGGUGAUAAAGAGAUUUUUUGGUUAGCAAUGGCCAUUAAUGGACAAGAAAAUUAUUAUUUUGAUGAAAAUUAUGCUGCUGCCGUAGGGAUAAUUACUCCCGAUUUAGAACGUACUAAACCAGAUAAAACUCUUCAUGAAUCUAAAGAAUUAUGUUCACCUCAUCCUGGUCAUAUUAGUCAUGAUGAUAAUUCAUUAGUUUGGUUGAAUUCUGGGUUUUUCUAUUGUGGACAAAAUGAUAAAGUUAAAUUUGCUGAAGAAUUUAAACAUAAAUCUCGAUUGAAACAUAUUAAUAAUUUAGAAGCAUUUAAAACUUUUUAUUAUUCACCUUUAAGAAUUGAGAAUGCCAUUAUCCCACCAAUGGAUUUGGAUAUUUGGGCUGCCAAUAAUGAAGAUGAGCCAGCUAAAGGUUGGUUUGGAGAUCCAAGAUAUUGUACUGGUUAUAUGUGGUGUGCUUAUGAUAAAAUUGGUGGCAAUACUAAGUCAGGUAAAUAUAAUCGUGUUGAAGGUAAAAUCAUUAAUUUUGAUGAACAAGCUCAAGACUUGUUUAAUUAUUACGGUGAUGUAUGGGUAGGAAUGGAAUAA